GUAUAAAUUCAUUAACUAGUCAACUCAAUGGAUAGGACAAUGUACUAAUCCAUUCAAUUGUGCAAUUCGUAGAAAAUCCAGAUGGUCUAAAAAUCUGUGAAACUAUGGCACUUCCGCUUCCGGCAAAUGCCAGAUGGUGUGUCACGUGAGCCAUAUCCAUGGUAGCCGAUUUUGUCCUUGGGUAACGCUGGCAUGUGGUGAGGACGAUGUCUUUUACGAGAAAACCUGGUGGGAAGGCAUUAGAUAUUUUGCAGAAUUUGCCUCGUAUUUCAUUAGCAAACUUGCGACCUGAACCGGGGACCAAGAAGGCUGUAAGUAUGCGUUUAGCAGCCCAUCAGUUGCUGAAUAGCUAGCAAGCUAACUAGAAUGGCUAGUAGUAAUAGCCACCAGCUAGCUAGCUACUGUAAUUUAGCCAGCCAAAGAUGGCUUGCUUGUACAGAUAGUAGCUAGUUAUAGCUAAAUGUCUUGUUUACUCCUAGAAUGUAAGCACAACAUCUAAUUUUACCACAAUUGGUCAGUGAUCAUCAAUGUCUGCUAUGUCGAACACUCUAAAAAUGGCAUAGCUAGCUAACGUUAUAAUUUCUAGUCACAGUUUUUGUCUCGUCUAGCCGUCUCAAACAUACAUUCAAUGCAUGAAUUCAUUGUGUCAAUGACAAACAAUUAGCUAUUGAUUACUAUGUAAAGUGUUGCAUAUUGAAUAUAUUAUUAAACGUUAAUUGUGAAGAUUAUGUACUGCUAUUCUAACGCUGCUGUUUUUUCUCUCUUCUAUAUUUUGCAGGAGAAGAAGCGAGGCAGGGGCCAACAUGGAGGAAACAGAAGUGGCCGGGGUCACAAAGGGGAGAGGCAGCGAGGCAACCGACCUCGCCUGGGGUUCGAGGGGGGUCAGACUCCCUUCUAUCUAGCCAUCCCCAAAUACGGCUAUAAUGAGGGACACAGGUAAGUACAUUGUUGCCCCAAGUCCAUAGUUGAACACGCCAUGUUCUAUCAUCAAGAAGCAAAAAAGGCCUUGUAACUUUUCAUACUGCAUCUCUGUACAUACAUAGCUAGUAUAAUAAUUUGAUCAUACUGGACCUGUUAUUGCAUUCCUGCUAAAACCACAUGUUCUAUAAAUUACUCAUAACCGUUUGUUUAGAGACAGGAGAUUAUGCUCACGAAUUUGUGCUCAUCUUCCCAGUCAGCGGGCUCAGUACCAGCCCCUGACCCUGAACAGGCUGCAGUAUCUGAUUGACCUGGGCCGGGUCGACCCCACUCAGCCCAUUGACCUGACGCAGCUGGUCAACGGCAGGGGAGUGACCAUCCAGCCCCAGAAGCGGGACUAUGGUGUUCAGCUUGUUGGCGAGGUAAGAUGGUUUUCUUGGCUACGAUGUCUCCGCUUGAUUUGGGGGAAAUUCAUUGUUACAGAAGCACGAUCCCACAAAGGCAGUUGAGUGCUUAUGUGUAUGUAAAGCAAGGAUAAUUUGUAGUUAUUUAGUGCACCUAUAUCUUGCCAGUAGGUGGCAGUAUUUAGCUAAUUAAGAUUGUAGCUGUCAUUAUACAUUUACAUUUAAGUCAUUUAGCAGACGCUCUUAUCCAGAGCGACUUACAGUUAGUGAGUGCAUACAUUAUUUUUAUAUUUUUCAUACUGGCCCCCCAUGGGAAUCGAACCCACAACCCUGGCGUUGCAAACUCCAUGUUCUACCAACUGAGCUACAUCCCUGCCAGCCAUUCCCUCCCCUACCCUGGACAACGCUGGGCCAAUUGUGCGCCGCCCCAUGGGUCUCCCGGUCGCAGCCGGCUACGACAGAGCCUGGAUUCGAACCAGGAUCUCUAGUGGCACAGCUAGCACUGCAUCUGCAGUGCCUUAGACCACUGCGCCACUCGGGAUACCCAAGGACUGUUUUCCUCAUCCUGCUGGUUUGUUCUGUAUUGAAAGUCUAUUUUCUCUAAUGUUGCAUCCAAUUGUGUGUGUUAUCAGGGUGCUGGUAUCUUCGCAGCGAAAGUCAACAUUGAAGUUCAGAUGGCAUCUGAGGAGGCCAUUGCUGCCGUUGAGAGAAACGGAGGGAUGGUCACUACAGGUUUCUAUGACCCCAGAAGUCUUGGUGAGUAGUAGUGACACAUUAGGCCAAAACUUAAUGAUCUUGCUAUGACACCUCUUAAAUUUUAUACAUUUUGGAGUGUUUGUAACCCUGUGCUUCACUCUGUCUGUUAGCGGUCCUCUGUAAGCCUGUCCCAUUCUUCAUAAGUGGACAGCCCAUUCCAAAGAGAAUGUUGCCUGGGGAGGACAUGGUCCCGUAUUACACAGAUGCUGCCAACCGGGGUUACCUGGCAGACCCAGAGAAGAUUCAAAAAGAACGGAUAGCCUUGGCCAAGAAGUAUGGCUAUGUUUUACCGGACAUUUCCAAAGACGAAUUGUUCCACAUGCUCUCUAUGAUAAAAGACCCCAGACAGAUCUUCUUUGGCCUCUCGCCAGGCUGGGUAGUCAACAUGGCCGAGAAGAAGAUACUGAAACCGACUGAUGAUAAACUGCUCCAAUAUUACAAUUCAUAAAUUAUUAAAAUGCUCUGUUUAUGUACAUAAAUGAUGGGUGAUUUAAAAGAAAUGUCUCUAAGCACAACUUGACAAUAGAUUCAGCUUUUUCAACACAACUGAUCUACUGUGUAUGCUG